UUUAAGUAUAAAGUACUGGAGAUCACUUUUUUAGCUUCGAACACAGAGAAUACCAGUUGCGACUUGUACAAAUGAAGCACAUUUUUAUACAUUUAUACUGUUAUACAUUAUGAAUCGAAGACUUCUACUUUCUGUAAAUCGAUUUGUGUUAAUCUUAAAUUUAUGUUUAAGCAAUGAAUGCAAGAAAGCUAGUUUCCCAAACUCAUUGUACUCAAAUUCCUCAAACUAUCAAGAACUCUCUUCUUUGUGCUGCAAUCGACCCACCCCAUUCAAACCCACCAUUUGUACCCAAGCCUCCUUCUAUAUUAGCAACUGGUCUUCUCAAGUCGUAUUUUGAAAGGGGUCUGAUUAGAGAAGCACGUACACUGUUCGAUGAAAUGCCUGAAAGAGAUGUUGUUGCUUGGACGACCAUGAUUUCUGGGUACACUUCAUGUAAUCUCCAUGGACGUGCUUGGAUGGUUUUCUGUGAAAUGAUGAGGUAUACGGAUGUGCGCCCCAAUGAGUUCACGUUAUCUAGUACGUUGAAGGCUUGUAAAGGGAUCAAUUCGUACUCUCAUGGAGCUUUGGUUCACGGUUUGGUUCUGAAGCAAGGCAUGAGUGGAAGUAUUUAUGUUUCGAAUGCACUCUUGGAUGUCUAUGCUACGUGUUGUGUUGAUAUGGAUGAAGCAUCUGCGGUUUUUCAGGAGAUUAGAGACAAAAAUGAUGUGUCUUGGACUACAUUAAUCGCGGGAUAUACUCAUCGUGGUGAUGGCUAUAUGGGGCUUAAUGUGUUUAGAAGAAUGUUAUCGGAAGAGGGUGAAUCAAACCCAUUUAGCUUUUCAAUAGCAGUCAGAGCUUGUGCCUCGGUCCACUCAUGUACAUAUGGGAAGCAACUUCAUGCUGCAAUCGCCAAGCAUGGAUUGGACUUUAAUCUACCUGUAAUGAAUUCUAUUUUAGAUAUGUAUUGUAGGUGUAACAGCUUAAAUGAUGCAAAGCAAUGCUUCCAUGAAAUGACUCAAAGGGAUUCAAUCACCUGGAACACUUUGAUUGCUGGAUAUGAGAAGUCUGAUCCAUAUGAAUCUAUCAGCACAUACUCGCAUAUGGAGCUUGAAGGUCUCAGCCCCAAUUGCUUCACAUUUUCCAGCAUUAUAGCAGCUGUGGCCAAUUUGGCAAUUUUGAGUUGUGGAGAGCAGAUUCAUGGAAGAAUCAUAAAGAGAGGCCUCGGAGGGAACUUGGAGUUGGACAAUGCCUUAAUAGACAUGUACGCAAAGUCUGGAAAUAUUGGAAGUGCACGUAGAAUUUUUGAUAAAAUGCCCACGAAAAAUCUGGUUUCGUGGACCUCAAUGAUGAUUGGUUAUGGAAGCCAUGGAUAUGGAAAUGAAGCUGUCAACUUUUUUGAAGAGAUGGUUAAAUUUAGAGUCAGGCCAGAUAGGAUAGCAUUUGUGGCAGUUUUAAAUGCAUGUAGUCAUGCUGGGCUUGUAGAUAAAGGUGUAAGGUAUUUUAUGUCAAUGGUUGGUGAUUACAACAUAGCUCCAGAUCCGGAGAUUUUUGGGAGUUUAGUAGAUUUGCUUGGACGCGCUGGAAGAGUUGAGGAGGCUUUUAAGUUGAUAGAGAGUGUGCCAUUUGAUCCCGAUGAAUCUGUUUGGGGAACACUCAUAGGAGCAUGUAAAACACACAAUCAUCCAGAUUUGGGCACGCUGGCCAUAAGAAAGGUGUUGGCAUUGAAGCCGAAAAUUGCAUCAACUUAUGUAAUUCUGUCAAAUAUCUAUGCAGCUGACGGUAAAUGGGGUGACUCUGCAAAAAUGAGGAAGUUGAUGAGAAGGAUGGAUACCAAGAAAGAGGCAGGGAGAAGUUCAGUAGAGAUAAAGAAUCAGAACUAUAGUUUUGUUGCUGGAGAUAAAAUGGGUUCACAUAUGGAUUGUGUUGAUGAAGUUGUAAAAAUCCUGGUCGAACAUAUGAGAGACACACGAUAUAUUCCUGAUUUGGACUUCUUUAUACAUAACUUAGAAGAUGGAACUUGAAAAGUAACAGCAAUGAGGUACAAAGUGUUUGCUGUUAUAUAUGUUGGCAUGGUGAUUCAUUUUCUUCAGAAGUCACGUUGCAUUCUAUACAAGAGGGGAUUUUUUGAAGAAAGUUGAGGGUGGAUAAUCAAUCAGUUUUAGUCAAUAGUUGAUACUGUGAGAAAAGGAACUAGUGGGUUAUGUAACCAAGUAAAAUCAUUCUUUGCCAUGACACAGUACAUUUGAAUUUCAUGGAAAGCAAUCUCUUGAUUAUUCUGAACCUUCAGUCUAGGGAAUUUUCUGAAUUCUAAAAUGCUCCUGGAAGAUCCAGCUAGGGGACAUUGUUAUUAUGGGAAGAUUGAACAACUCUAUGAUCUUCUUGUAAUUCGCUUGUGUUCGUUAGUCAUUACCAUGUCUGGAAACAAAAACAGCUCGGUGCCAAACAUGAACCAGCAGAUAUGAUACAUGGACUUCAGUGUAUCUUUUGACUUGUAAAAUGUUUUGGAAGAUCCAACAUCAGUACAUUGUUAUUAUUUGAGGAAUAAUAUGAUCAUUUAGAGAUUUGUAUCUGCUGUCUUUGCUAUUCUGGGAGGAAAAUUGCUCAAGUGAUAUUGCUAAGUCUCAGAUCCGUAUAUUGAGUAUGACCAUUCUUUAGGUGGUGAAACACAUUCUACUUGUACGGCAAAGUGGUUUUGGAUUGUUCCGUAAUUCUUGUCUGGAGACUAUUGUGGAAUUGCUACUGUUUCUGAUCCAGUCAGUUGCAAUAGCUCAUUGUCUAGGGAAAAGGUGGAGCAUCAUUCACGACAUGCACCAGUCAACAUUGUUAUGAAGCAUCAUUGAUCAGCACUCAGAUUGGUGCAUAGGUGACAUUUGUGUAAAAUCAUAGGUCGUGGUGAACCAGCAAAACAGAACAGAUGAUCUAUGCUAAUGUUCAAGGUUGAAAGUUUUGCCCCCAACGGAUAGUUUGCUAGUAAGCAGGCAGAGAUGUAAAAUUCUAACUUCAUUUUUCCAGUUGAUAAAAUACAUCAUACAACUAGAAAGGGAGCAAAAUACAAACAUUACAGUGCUCAAGGUCAUGGAAACCUUCUUUGCUGCUUUGUAUCACAUUCUCUAUCUUAUCUACAGAACAAGUCAUGAUUUUGAGAAAUAAGAAUGUCAUGUUACAUGCCAGUUUUACAAGAGUAUUGCUUGUAUAUUUGGCAGUAUAAU